GUUCAGUCGCACCCUCGCCUCGCGCAAGGCGCGCACUCGGCACGCCGUUUGUCAGUCGACACUCGCCGGAAACAGCGCCGGCGAAGGAGACACACGUUUGCAACAACCAUCAGCAGCCCAGCUAGCUGAAGAGGAAGGUUUUCGCAAAGUAAAAAAGGAAAGCUUGAAAGACAAUAAGGAUGAGGUUCCUCGCGAUCGUCGUAGGCUUCUUCCUUCAAGCGUGGAUCGUGUACUGCGGGACAAGACCCAGCUUUGUUUCCGAUCAGAUGAUCGCGACUGCGGCCAGUGUUGUAAACGCCUGUCAAACACAAACGGGAGUUGCCACAGCCGAUAUAGAAGCAGUGAGAAACGGUCAAUGGCCGGAAACACGUCAAUUGAAGUGCUAUAUGUACUGUCUCUGGGAGCAAUUCGGUUUGGUCGACGACAAGAGGGAGCUAAGUCUAAACGGUAUGCUGACGUUCUUCCAAAGAAUACCCGCUUACAGGGUCGAGGUCGAGAAAGCAAUCAGCGAGUGCAAAGGGAUCGGUAACUAUUUGGCAAAAGGUGAUAAUUGCGAAUACGCGUACACAUUCAACAAAUGCUACGCGGAACGUUCUCCGAGGACGUAUUAUUUGUUCUAAUUGAUCGCGAUCGGAUGGGCAGCACAAGACGACCAAAGAUAAAAAGAAAUGCUCAAAACACUAUCUCGCCGAAUGUGUUGAAAUUUCUACGUUUUAAAUUACUGUACACUUUUUAUUAUUGUAAUUGCUGUGUACGCGCGCGCCAUAUUGCGUGGGUCGUAUAUUGUAAGAUACGCUGCUAAAAUAAAAAGCACUCAACCAUCUAAAUCCUGAA